AUGCCCAGUGGAUGUUCGGUGGUUGGUUGCAGACUUGGGGACCGCCCCAAGGAUGCACUUUAUCACCGAUUUCCAAAGGAGGAGGGAAUAAGAGAAGAGUGGGUAAUUUUCUCUGGAAAGAAAAAGGUAAACUUUAAAUUUGAGAGAAUUUGCAGUGUCCAUUUUAAGGAAACAGACUACGAAAGAAGGCUAAAAUAUGAAAUACUAGGUUUGCCAGUUCCUCGACAUAGGAGAAACCUGAAGAAGGAUGCUAUACCAUCGAAAAAUAAGCCAAAAGUAAAAGAUGAACCAAAUCCUGUCAACAUUGUUGAAGAUCUUGUUCGAAAUUAUCUGUUUAGGUCCAGAUAUAGCUUAAGAGGAGCCAUAGAAAAUACUUUUCUAAAUGAAUGA